GCUGCAGACAGACAGCAAGACAUCUGGCCACUUCCCGAGUCACUUCUUUGGUCCUGCGGGCGCCAGCCACGCCGAGCCCCGCCCGCCGCCAGCCAAGCAGGGCGUGCGGACCGGAGGCGGUCACGCUCCGGCCUCCUCUACCACCGCCCACCGAGCCAGGCAGGAGCAAGGCGCGCCGGUCCGUUCCGCUGCCACCCUCCCAGGUCUUGGCCGUCCAGCCGAUCUGACAGCCGGCGAUGUUUUAUUUCCACUGCCCGCCACAGCUAGAGGGCACUGCACCCUUUGGCAACCACUCUUCGGGGGAUUUUGACGAUGGGUUUCUACGCAGAAAACAGCGCCGGAACCGGACGACGUUCACUCUUCAGCAGCUGGAAGCUCUCGAGGCCGUUUUUGCCCAAACACACUAUCCAGAUGUCUUCACCAGAGAAGAGCUCGCCAUGAAAAUAAACCUCACAGAAGCCAGAGUGCAGGUUUGGUUCCAGAACAGAAGAGCCAAAUGGAGGAAGACAGAGAGAGGGGCCUCGGACCAGGAGCCAGGAGCCAAGGAGCCCACGGCAGAGGUGACGCCUCCUCCAGUGAGAAACAUCAACUCCCCGCCCCCUGGGGACCAAGCCCGGAGCAAGAAGGAGGUGCUGGAGGCCCAGCAGAGCCUAGGGCGAACGGUAGGUCCUGCAGGGCCUUUCUUCCCCUCCUGCUUGCCGGGGACUCUCCUGAACACAGCCACCUACGCCCAGGCCUUGUCCCAUGUGGCCUCCCUCAAAGGGGGCCCACUGUGCUCUUGCUGCGUCCCAGACCCCAUGGGACUCUCUUUCCUUCCCACCUACGGCUGCCAGAGUAACCGCACGGCCAGCGUGGCCGCCCUGCGCAUGAAAGCCCGUGAGCACUCAGAAGCCGUCCUGCAGUCAGCCAACCUCCUGCCUUCCACCAGCAGCAGCCCCGGCCCUGUCGCCAAGCCGGCGCCCCCAGAUGGCAGCCAGGACAAGAUCUCUCCCACCAAGGAACAGAGCGAGGCAGAGAAGAGUGUAUGAGGGUCUACAGUGCCCUGUCUGGCGUGCCCUCCUCCCGCCCCUGCUUCUCCCAGCCUCAGACCCUACAGAAAACUCUCCAAAUAGCAAGGAGAAGCCUGCAGCCCCAGGGCCUCUGCAUGGACCCAGGACGGGCAAGUGAGACCCACAGCUCCCUUGGCACCUGGAGGGUCCCUCUGGAGUCCCACCAGCGCAGCUGUAUUGUGGUGGCUUCUUUGGCAACAGAUCCCGAUGGCACUUGGUGGCAGCAGAGCCCUCUCUGUGAGGAGCCUCCCUGGGAUUUCCAUCCAGGCCCAGAGUCUCAGAGGGAGGUAGAUUCCUCAUCCAUUACCCUUCCUAUUUCCCCCCUGGGCUGCCUUUGAAGGUCUUGUCAACCCCAGGAACUGUGGCAUGGGCUGAAGUUUCAUGAUAAGAAAAGGGCCUGUCCCCCUUACAUUGUUUGAUAACUGGGGAACCAGUGGAAUCCCAAGCGGCUCUUGCUCCCCUGGGCCAAGACAAGCAGUAGUGCCCUUUCUCUUGUUGGAGAAUAUUGGUUGUGGGCUUGGUUAGAAAGUGAGAAGAUGUAGCGUAGGGAGGGGCCAACACGACACAGCCUGUCCCAGAGGUCCACGGUGGCUCUGACCCAGGAGAUUUCACUGGCACAUCUGGCCAGGGGUACUGGGCUAAUCACCCAGACCAUCUGCUCCAUGAACUGGGGUCUGCCGUCUUGACACUGUGGGUGUGGAACCAGUGUGGCCCCGGUACCUGAAGCACUCACCUGCAAGCCCUUCCUCUCUCCCAAAUAGACCUGUGGGUUAAUGGGAAGUGAAGCAACUGAAAAGCAGCUCUUUGGUCCAGGGGGCCUAAGGGCCCUUGGAGAGGGAAGAAGCCCUUCAGGAACGCCUCUGAAAUAAUUGCGCAUAUGGAUGAACUACCUUUCCCCAGGUACCUGGCAUGUAGAGGGGGCUCUUCAGUGCUGGUGUUUUUUACUGAGGGAAAAAAAGUAGGAAAGGAGACAGGAACGGCGUAUGUGCAGAAAUGGAGCAUGGGGAAGACAGCUUUCUCAUGGUGUGCAGAGCAUUAAUUCCAAAGGGCCAAAUUUCACAGAGAUUUCUGUUUUGGUCUAGUGUGGCUGUUUUCUCUGGUGUGGAUGGUGACCUGGAGGAGAUCCAAGGGGAACGUGCAAUAGCAUAAGCUCUGCCGCUUUCUGGCAGGGGCGCCCAGCACCUGAAAGGUUGCAGUCUUUGGUGGCUUUUGCUGAUGGUGUUUCCAUGCGGAUAGUUAUUGCCUUCAUGAUGGUUAUUUUGGUUUCAGUUAUUAUCAUCGAAAGAUUCUACUUUCACAUUUCCUGUUCCCUUUUUACCUUCCCCCACUCCAUGACCCCCAAAUAAUACUCCUGAGUGUAUCAUGCCUCGUCUAUGAUCACCAUGAAGCAUUUGAUAAAACACACUGUCUCCUUUAAAGAAAAAAAAAAUCAAAUCCUUCUUCCUGCUGUAUUUUGCUUGUUGAGUAUAAAGAUGAAACGAUUUGCCAAAAAGCGGCAAAGUUGCUUCCGUUUCCCUGUAAUUACGAAUGUUUGGUUGAAGGAUGUGAGCUCAAGCCCUUAUGUACACUAACUCUUCAAUCUAAUUGUUUGAUUAAACUCGUAUUUCCUCCAGAAAGGUACAUAAAUAAGUGAACUGUUGAGCAAAUUAAGAAUACUUAACAGCAUUGCAUCUGAAAAGUAGUUAUGCUGAUUAAAUUUUGUGUCCUUGAGGACUUUCAGGAAAUUACUUUUGAUCGUCAAUAACACAAUUAAGUAAACUACACACACAUUAGCAUGAAUAAUUGAUAAGAAAUUAUGUAUUACCACGAAGCACUGAUUUAAUAAUUCAUGAUGCGACACUCUAGUGACUGUGCAAAACUGGAUCAUAUCGAAAAGUCUGCCUGAUGUUACUGAAAGAAAGGAAAAAAAAAGGAGCACCAAACCUCUGCAGAGAUAUUGAGUACUUAGUUUUGUUGUACAAAGGCAAAAAGUAACGAUGCAUGAUGUAGUUUCUGUUUGUUUAAAUACCCAAAUAAAUUUAGAGGAGUUAAAAGAAA